CGCGCCCCCGGAAGCGGUUGGGCCGCUUGCAGGGGGCGGUUGGCGGCGGUUGGCGGCGCUGGCUGGCUUGACUGGCCGGCCCGCAGGCGCGUCCCGCUGGCGGCCGCGGGGAGCAGGGCAGAGACGCGGCCCGCGCCGGCCGCCCCGCAGCCCGCGAUGCCCUCCGACUGCCGACCGCGCUGGCCACGCCGCGGGGCAUGGUGAGCCCGGGGCGGCCGCUCCCCGCGGGGACCCGGCAGGCGGCCUCGCUGCUCCGCCUCAGCCUCCUCCUGCUGCUGGUGCUGCCGCGGGGCACCGGAGCGCAGAAAGGUGAUGGAUGUGGACACACAGUUCUGGGCCCUGAAAGUGGAACUCUUGCUUCGAUAAACUACCCACAGACCUCUCCAAAUAGCACAGUCUGUGAAUGGGAAAUUCGUGUAAAGCCUGGGCAGCAAGUUCAGCUCAAAUUUGGUGAUUUUGAUAUUGAUGACUCAGAUUCCUGUCAUUCCAGUUACUUAAGAGUUCACAAUGGGAUUGGCCCCACCAGGACAGAGAUAGGAAAAUACUGUGGGUUUGACUUUCAAAUAGAUGGUUUAAUUACUUCAAAAAGUAAUGAAGUCACAGUACAGUUCAUGAGUGGAACACACAUUUCUGGACGUGGAUUUCUUGCAGCUUAUUCAACCACUGACAAAUCAGACCUAAUUACCUGUUUAGACAAUGCAAGUCACUUUUCCGAACCAGAAUUCAAUAAGUACUGUCCAGCUGGAUGUGUGAUUCCUUUCGCUGAUAUUUCAGGCACUAUUCCCCAUGGAUACAGAGAUUCAUCAUCACUCUGUAUGGCUGGUGUUCAUGCAGGCGUUGUGUCAAAUACCCUGGGUGGCCAAAUUAAUGUUGUAAUCAGCAAGGGCAUUCCAUACUAUGAAGGCUCCCUGGCUAACAAUGUCACCUCAAAAGUGGGACUAUUGUCUACAAGUCUCUUCACAUUUAAGACAAAUGGUUGUUAUGGGACACUGGGGAUGGAAUCUGGGGUAAUCCCUGAUUCACAGAUCACAGCAUCAUCCAUUCUUGAAUGGCUUGACCAAACAGGACAAGUGAACAUUUGGAAACCUGAAAAUGCCAGACUAAAAAGGGUUGGUCCUCCUUGGGCUGCUUUUAUCAGUGAUGAACGUCAGUGGUUGCAGAUUGACUUGAAUAAAGAAAAGAGAAUAACAGGUAUUAUAACAACUGGAUCAACCUUAGCGGAGUACUACUAUUAUGUCUCAGCAUACAGAAUUUUAUACAGUGAUGAUGCACAGAAAUGGACAGUAUACAGAGAGCCUGGCAUGGAUAAAUAUAAGGUAUUUCAAGGGAACACUGAGUUGUACAAGGAAGUUCGCAAUAAUUUCAUUCCACCUAUUAUUGCACGUUUUUUUAGGAUUAAUCCCUUAAAAUGGCACCAGAAAAUUGCAAUGAAAGUAGAAUUGCUAGGAUGUCAGUUUAGUAUAGGCCGUGCUCCUAAGAUCACCAUGACACCACCACCUCAGAACAAGAAUGACGAUAAGAGUGAUGACUUCAGCGAUGACUUCAUUCAUUCAGUGAAGACUUUGCUGCAGACAGAUAAAACAACUUUCACACCUGAAAUAAAAAACACCACAAUGACUCCAAGUGUAACCAAAGAUGUGGCAUUGGCAGCAGUUCUGGUUCCAGUGCUGGUGAUGGUCUUCACUACUCUGAUUCUUAUCUUAGUUUGUGCGUGGCAUUGGAGAAACCGUAAGAAAAAAACUGAGGGCACUUAUGAUCUACCUUACUGGGAUCGUGCAGGAUGGUGGAAAGGAAUGAAACAGUUUCUCCCAACCAAGUCAGCAGAACAUGAAGAAACUCCCGUACGGUACAGCAGCAAUGAAAUUAGUCACCUGAGACCAAGAGAAGUUCCAACAAUGCUGCAAACAGAGUCUGCAGAGUACGCUCAGCCUCUCGUAGGUGGAAUUGUCGGGACGCUUCAUCAGAGAUCAACCUUUAAACCAGAGGAAGGAAAAGAAGCAAGUUAUGCCGAUUUGGACCCUUACAAUUCACCCAUACAAGAAGUGUACCAUGCUUAUGCUGAACCACUACCUAUAACUGGACCAGAAUAUGCAACUCCAAUCAUCAUGGACAUGUCCAGCCAUCCUAGCACACCUCUUGGCGUUCCUUCCAUUUCCACCUUCAAAGCUGCAGGGAAUCAAGCCCCACCACUGGUGGGAACUUACAAUAAACUCUUAUCUAGGACAGACAGCACAUCAUCGGCACAGGCACUGUACGAUACACCAAAGGGGCAGCCGGGGCCAGGUGCCGCCGAUGAAAUGGUGUACCAGGUACCACAGAGUGUGGCCCAUUCCACUGGGAGUAAGGAUGAACCAAGUCAGCUCCCAAGUAAGGUAGAAUGAUGGCUUGUUUUUAAAAAGCCAGUUCCAUAAAACUGACAGUUUCAUUUUUAAUUGCAUUGUUUUGAUAUUGUUAGUCUUAAACAAUACAGUGUUGAACCAAAAGAUGUGGUAUUGGAGGUCUGGGAAGCCAGUAAUUCUGGUUUCCUUAAUCUGUAUAUGUAAUUACAGCUUGUCUCCUGCAAAACCAUGGACUUUUUUAUUACUACUGUGCAAUUGUUUGUCAGACAUUAGAGAAGAACUCUUCAAGAUUAGCUUCAGUAACUCAUAGAUGUGAAGAUAAAUUGGGAGAAACAGUUUAAAGGACAAAAGACAAUAAUUUCUUCCUAAUGGUACUAUUUUGGGGGGAUAGGGGGAAAUCCACCCCAAAACCCAAAGCUCCUAACUUUCUAAGGUCUAUAAGCAUUAUAGAUAUUAAAAUUAAUUUUACCUUAUAAAAUGCCUGCACAACUUUGGCCUUUAAAGACUGUUAUCAGGACUGAUGGCAAAAAUCUCAUUACCUUCAUGGCAUAAAAGUUUUGGCUCUAAAUUCCGUUAUUUCAGCUUUUGUUCACAGGAUUAUAUCAGCUGUAUGUUCCUCAGAAGGUUCCUACCAUUUUUCGUAGGCUUCCAAAAUUAGAUGUGCUGUCUGUACAGUCUGUUUUCUGCCUCAGCUCCUUCAGCCACUCAGUCACGUUCCUUCCUUGGCAUCCAGGAGGCACAGACUAUGACUAAGUCAUACAUGCAAACUACAUGGCAACUGCUUUUAUGUUUUUGCCUUCAAAGUCAAAGCUACUCUGACUAUAGUCUGCCUUGAAUUCAGACUUCCCUGUUGGUCAAUUCAAUGUGCAAGAAGCAUCCAGGUGUUCAAGAUGACUGAAUUCAGAAGGGUUCUCCCUGUCCCCCUGUCCCCACUUGCCCUCCAGAGUAUCUGUUGUGGUGUGUUAAGAUGUGAGCUUAUACAAAGAUGUAUAUAUAAUUGUUGUGAGUGCUUAAGGAAGCACACACAUACUGUAAUGGUGCACAGUUUGUUAUACAUGUAUUUAGCACAUGUGGUACGUUUUAGCACAACUGAAAAAUUUCAGCCGUAGGGCUUUUCUUAUGAUUGUUAGUAUUAGAACUAUAAAAGAUUCCAAAACCUUUGCAAGAGAACCAGUACUGUUCCAAAGAGUAUCCAUUUCAGAAGCACUGAAUGGAACUUGUAUCCUUUGAAUGUUCCAGUGUUCUCUACUAUGAAAACAUGGCAGUCAGUCUUCAGUAUGAGAUAAGGUAGAGUAGUUUUAGCUAGGUGAUCAUGAAAUGAAAACAAUUUGGAUGUCAUAUUUGCCAUUUUUUUAUCUUGUUAGAAACAAAGCACAGCUUUUUUAACCUAAGUACUACAGAAAAAAAACCCACAAUAAAAAUGCUUUAUUUUUAUUGUAACAGCACUGUUGGGAGGAUGCUGAAUUAAUUUAUACAUGUGAAACCCCCUACCUACACAUUAGCCCAGUUUUAUGGACUUCCGUGGUUACUGUUUGUGUCUGUGAUGUAACUCACAUCAGCCUUGUUUAUUGCCCAGGUGUCAUGAUCUGUGUGGGUCAUACACUAGGGUAGGCAGGCUGAUGUGGUUGGACACGCGCUCCCGAACGAUCAGGAUUUUCUGACACCAGUUUCGGCCACCUGACCGGCCUGCCGGUCAGGCAGUCGAAACAAUUUACCAAGUGGUGCACAUGGAUUCGUCCCAGAUUGGGACCAGUGUGCUAACCAAUGCACCAGGGACCUCAGGUGUAUAGAUCUCUAAGCCACACAUGAAUGCCUUCCCAAUUAACAGUGGAGCCAAAUUAAGCUUAACGAAUUAACUCGGUUUAUUUAAGGGGAGACGAGGAUGUACAGAAUGACUAAAAUUGGGAAUUAAAGGAAUAACGAUAUGUGCCUUGGGUUUGACCAACACGCUCCUAGCAAAGGUAUUGCCCAGAAAGAGGAGCAUGCUAAGGUUAGAAAUGUUACAGAACCGGAUAGAGGAGGAAUAAGGAGUAUUAUGCCCAUUGCUGGUCCCAGAUUGGGUAGUCGCUUUGUGAGAGGGCUGGUUAAAUUUUCCCGGGGUGAGAUAGUGUAAGGAAGAAAAAGCGUGAGAGGCUUAUACAAAUACAGUCCUUACAAAUCUUUCACAGUGCUGCGGCGAUUUUGGGAACACUUUCUCAACUUGAGAGUGAUGUCCUGGUUUGAGGGCGCCCCAGUGAUUUAAGGCUGCUGAGAUUUGUAGGCCCUGUGGUGUGCUAAGGCACUUUGGAGUUGCAGCGUGUAGUGGCCGAGUUGAGGAGCUAGCGGCAGUGGGGCUUUGCAACUGGUGGUGGCUUUAGGGAUUUGCUCCUUUAGGAUUUAGGCCAGGACUGGGCUCUUGUCUAUCCACUGCCCCUGCCUUAGGUCUUACGAUUUCAGCUCAAAGUGAUUUAGCUCAGUAGUCAUUCUCCACUCAGAGGUCUCAAUUGGCGACUGAGCCCCCAAAUAUCAAGUCUUGGGGAGAGCCGCAUGUCGCGAUCUAUGACCUAUUGUAUUUCCUUUCUGGAAUGAUUUUAACUUACUGGGAUCUGCCAAGAGGUCCGCACGCAGCGCUCGCCUCUCACAGAGGAGCAGUGAACUUCGGCACUGACUUUUAGGGUGAGGCACUUGUUUGAUGCUCACUAGUGUCUCCAAUAACAGCAGCCAACCCCCAAUUAGAAUUUACGAACACACAGUUUAUUGAGGGGAAAAAUAAAACAAUUUGAAGCAGGAGGCUCAAAGAGGGUAAUCAAAAGACAUAGGAGCUGUGAAAUGUCUUUAAAACACCAAAUACCAAACACUCAUAUAUGCCCUAAUACUUAUAUAUAGAUACACCUUAUCAUUUACACACCCAGAUUUAUUAUUAUUAUCUAAGAGGGGAAGAGGAAGGAGGGAUAUGCCCGACACCUGUCCUGUAUAUGGUCGCAGUUUGUGUGGAGGUGAGGCAGGAACACCUGAGGGAGAGUAAUGAUACCCAAAAUACAAUCCCUUACUUUGUUUCUGAGAUGGUCUAGGUAUUUAUAUAUUAGGUGCAGAUGCCUUCUCCUGCAACCCGGUCUUAGAACCCAUGGGUGGCAGGAAGAAGUCUCACUGCAGGUGGUUGGCAGCAGGCAGGACCGCAGGCAGGUUCCGUGGGUAAGCAGGACCACGGGCAAGCCAGGAGCCGGGACUGCAAAGUGCCGCAGGUGAGGUGGGAUGAGCUGGGUCUGCAGGGAGCUGGGACGAGUCAGUACUGCAGGGACUAGCCCGGACUGCAGGGACUGCGGGUGAACCGGGAGCCGGGACUAGCAAGCAAGCAGGGAAACAGGAGCGGGGACCUCAGGCAGGCAGGUAGGCAUCCCCAAGGAGCAGGUCGACCCCCAAAAGCAAGCAGCAGCAGCUUCAGUGUCCGUCCAGAAAGCGCGCCCAAAGCAGCACGCACGCAGUGUCUUUAUGGAUCUCCUUUGUUCCCGAUUGGCCAGUCUCUUGUUUCUGGGCUUCUCAGCCAAUCAGGUGGGGAAUUUUUCCCACCACUUCCCCUGUCUAGCAGCUAGCUACCUCUGAGUUGUUUUAUGGCAGAGGAGGCAGGCAGGAGAGGAUUUAAAGUGCCAGGUGGAGCAGCCAUCUUUAAGCCAAUUAUGACUGCUGACCUAAAGGGCACAUUAUAUUUGUGUGAGGAAAGGUCUGGUCCUUCACACCACACAUCCGGUCUUCACCCGCUCCUCGCUCUUCUUGUGUAGCUCUGAUCAGCUCCUUCUUCCUUCUUCUCCAGGCAAGCAUGAAAAGGUAGAAAGCAAAAGGCACUGCAGCUUCAGUGGGCGACAGGCAGGGGGCUGCAGCAGCAGUCCAUAUACUUCUCCUGAAGAUGAACCUAAAUCCCUGAUUGGUGUUUCUUUUUGAUCCUUUAUUAGCAAUUUUAGUUCUGGUGCGGUGUAGCCAGCCAAUUGAGUUGCAGCAAUGCAACAAUGUUGCUGUUUCCUGCCUCACUCCCUGUCCAUCAACAGGCUCCCUUUGUCCUUGUAAAUGUCCUUGGCAGCUCCUGUAGGUUCUGUAUAGUCUCUCAUUAAAUCAUCUGAGUCCGUGAGAGACAUUUAUUACUCAAAGGAAAUAUGUUUCUGACACCAGGGUCCUUAAACCAGGUGAACAUCCAAAUAAAAAAUGAAAAUCCUGUUCAAACAGCUGCCACCAUGUCUUUAUACCAGUAUGACAGCUAACUUAUCACUUGAAGAUUUAUUUGCACAGGGGCUAUAUAUAAACUAGGUCGUCCAAAAUUACUUGUGGCCUGGUUAGAAUUGGGUGUCUUAAGUCUAAAUGUGAAUGUAAGUAAGGGUGUUAUAUGACCCAUUCAUGAAAAAGAAAUUCUCGCCUAUAGUUGUAUUUUUUAUGUUAUUGCAACUUUUUCUGCUUAAUAAGGCUAGCCAGCAGUCUUUGUAGUUUUGCUUAAACAGUCAGCAGCAGCUAUGACUUUGAAAUUAUCUGAGCUGAUUUUAUUUGAAAGGGACAGGAUAUGAUUUGUUUCUACCAAGAUGUGACAUACCUAAAUCUAUACAUUCUCAAACUGUACCAGUUUAGGUUUAGAAAAAUUAAUCUACCAUAAAAAUAAAUUUAUGCGUUCAAGUAAGUAAACUUUAUACUCUUGGAUUUUAUUUUUACUGUAGGCCAGCUAUGGUAGAACUGUGGAUAGACUGUAGGCUAAGAUGGUGUAAAAAUUAAAUGGUUUCUCUACAGUGGUUUAAUUUUUUUAAGCAACCAUAAUGCAGUUUUAUUAUCUAAGCAGCAUGAGCUGUUGACUGUUGGUUUUAAGAAUUCAAGUUCUUUUUUCUGAAAUAAAUUUGCCCUGAGCUUUGCUUCCUGCUUUCAACUUUGAAAAUGUUAUCUGCUAGGGCAAAGAAAGGUUUGAGUAUGUAAGGGUUGGGCUUGAAAUGUAUGCUACAGCCUGUUAAACGUUGAUUCCCAAAUGUAAGUUCCAUGACACACUUAAGAUUAGCAUUCUCAUGUGCACAAUACAAGCAGAGGUACAUUUAAUGGGUCUCUCUUACUUGUGAAGACAUAUGGAUAUAAAAUGUAUUUCAAUCUUAUUUGUCCUGAGUAUUCUCCCAGAAUGUAUGUUCUUACCUCAGCAUGUAUUGUAGUUGCUCAGUAUUUGUAUAUGUUGCUAGAACUUAGACUGUAUAAAUAGUGAGGGAUUUUUUAUAUGUAUGUUUAAAAGUAUUUUAAAUAAAUUGUACAUAUGUAUUACUCAGUA